AUCACUGUUACGAUACAUGCUUGUGGAUGAGAAGGUCAUGCAUAGACAUUAUCCACAAAUUGUCCUCCUCAUACAUGUCUAAAGUGUAAGUCAUGGAUUUCAGACAGUAAUACCUGGCCCACACACUCUAAUGAACCAAAUGUCCCAGCCAGAGUCUGUGAUGAGAUGAUGAGAUAAUCUAGAACCCACCAGACAGUGUGGAGAAGGACAGCCACCACAGCCGUCAGCAAGUCCACCUAACAUGGCGUUCUUCAAGAGCUUUGGGCAGAACCUACCAUCUGUAAACAUCUCCUCCAUCUUGGAUUCAGUCAGCAGCAGAGUGGACGACCUAGCCAGUGCUGUCAGUGAUGCCACCUACAGCGUCAGUGACCAGCUGACCGAGCUCAGCGACCAGGUCAUCAAGAAGGUGCAGACGGAGGAGGAGGAGGCUGCAGAAGCGACAGAGGGGGCCCAGGACAGCAAGGAAGGAAAGGCCCAGGAAGGGAUAGCAGACUCAUUCAGGAGCAAAAUAAAGAGGCAGGCUUCUGAGGCCUGCUCAAGCUUGGCAGACUACAGCUCCAACCUCAGCCAAUCCAAUGACUCGAAGAAUAACCAAUCGAGUGACGUGACAGCAGAGGACUAUGUUCCAGCCCAAUUGGAAUGGGUGUGGAAAGAUGGAGGCUGGCGAGUGGUAAAACCAGGGGAGAGUUCUGCAGAGGACAAGGAAAAGGAGGAGAAAAGGAAGGAGGAGGAAAAGACGAAGAAAGAGGAGAAGGAGAAGAGAAAGGCAGAGAAAGACAAGAAGAAGGAGGAGAGGCUGAAACAGGAGGAAGAGAAGAAAAAUAGCCAUCAAGAGACCAUUGAGGAAGAGCCUGAAGAUAAAGAAACCAGCUCAUUGCCGAAAGAGACCCACACUGCUAGUCAGAACAAAGAGUGCCAGAAAGAGGACAAAUCCAAUGGGAUCCACCAGAGUGACGACCAUAGUGAUCCACCACAAUCUCUUUGCCCUGAGGAAGAGUCGAGAGCAUCCCAAAAGAAAAACAAGGAGAAAGCUGAAGAGGAGGAAGAGAAUGAGAUGAGUCCCGAGGGAGAUGGAGAGACUGAACCUGCUAUGUCUCCCGCUUCUAAGAAAAAUAAGAAAAAGAGUGACAAGAAGAAAGAGAAAGUGAAAGGGAAGAAAGAGAGCAAGAAGACGAAUAAAGAGGAUAAAGAGCAGAGCUGCCCAGAGCGUGGCUCUGAGGAGGACAGUGAAGAGGACAGACCAGGGGGACACUCUGAACCCUCAGCCCAGCAUAGAGCCUCAGUCUGGGACAACCGACACAAACACACCAGUGACCACAGCAGUGAGGCCUCCGCCGGACAAGCCAACAGCAUCCAGCGGAUGAGACGAGGCUCUCCUCUCAACGAGCUCCAGCCACCCCCGUAUCAGGACGAGAAUAGUCCGGUCCGGGUGUCUCGCUCACGUUCUGGGGUGGGGGGUCUGGGGGAGUCGUCCCCAGACGUUAAUGGUACACAGCGCUCCAGUGAGGCCAGCGUUGACCCGGACACUGAGAGUUACCUCAACAAGGGCUAUGAUGAGGAUGUACCUAGUGACAGCACUGCCGUCCUGGGACCAGAGGAUGGUUCAACCUCCCAUCUUCACGUAGGCUAUGAGCCGGAGCCGCUGGCCAAGUACGGCACACUGGACGUGGCCUUCGAGUACGACUCGGGCGAGCAACGCCUUGCCGUCACUGUCACCGCAGCAACCGACAUCCCCGCACUCAAACAGACAGGGAACAUUGCGUGGCAGGUGCACCUGGUGCUGCUGCCCACUAAGAAGCAACGGGCCAAGACGGGGGUGCAGAGGGGGCCGUGUCCCAUGUUCACAGAGACCUUCCGCUUCACCCGGGUGGAGCAGGGGGCGCUGGCGGACCACGCCGUCAGGUUCCGUCUCUACAGCGUUAGGAGGAUGAAGAAGGAGAAGGUGCUGGGAGAGAAGGUGUUCUACUUGACCAAACUCAACCUGCAGGGCAAGAUGGCGCUGCCCGUUACACUGGAGCCUGGCACAGGACUAACGGGCUGUGGAUCGUUGGUGAGUGUGUCUCGCAGCGUGGCAGCUUUGUCCUACCGCUCUACAUGGGACUCCACACCAGAGAUCCUGCUGGGCCUCAUCUAUAACUCCACCACUGGCAGGCUCUCUGCAGAGGUCAUCCAGGGCAGACAGUUCAACAACACAGCCUCAGACAAACCUCCCAACACCUAUGUGAAGCUGACUAUGCUGGACUCCAAGGGCAAGGAGAUGUCCAAGUGCAAGACGUCGGUGUGCCGCGGUCAGCCCAACCCCACCUACAAGGAGACCUUUGUCUUUCAGGUGGCCCUCUUCCAGCUCUCCGAGGUUUCCCUGGUGGUGUCGGUGUACAGCCGAAGGAGCAGCAUGAAGGCCAGGGAGAAGGUGGGCUGGCUGUCCCUGGGGCUCAACAGCACUGGAGAGGAGCAGCAGGCACACUGGAGCCAGAUGAAGGAGGCCGAGGGACAGCAGGUGUGCCAUUGGCACACGCUCUUGGAAUCUUGAACAGGUCUUGAUGAGAAUCACCAGAUUUGAUCUUGUUAACAAAGAAUAAUCUGUAUAAAUAUAUGUGAAAUGAAAUGGUUAAAUAGGAGGAGGAAUACGUUGGAGGAAGAGGAAGAUUGCGGGGUAUGUUGACCUCAGUGUCUCGAGAGAGAAUGGGUUCCAUGACCUUCAUUCAGAGAAGCAGACGAGGAGCUGUGAGGAACCAUCCACCUAUACUAUGGUGUGGGAUGUGUGUGAGGGUGCAGCACUUUGAGAAGCACGUGGAUUCCACUUGGAGUCUCCCGUUCACUGACAGCUGCUUUACUACUCUUUCAUCUGUAAACCAGCCACUUAAUCUGAGACAGACGGCUCUGGUUGACAGACUGGUCUGGUGCUAAACUCCCAGCUCCAGUCAUGGUCGAUGGGAUCAUCAAAUUAGACUCAUCUUUGUAAUAACCUCAAAGGUGAAAUGGACACCUCUGGCCAUGAAAUGGACACCUCUGGCCAUGAAAUGGACACCUCUGGCCAUGAAAUGGACACCGCUGGUCAUGAAAUGGACCAUUCAGUCUCAGAUUGAGAACAAUUUUGUCAUUAAUUUCCCAGAUUCUGGUCCACAAUAGUAUAUCUUCAUGUAAUUGUUUACAGAAGAUGAUCAAAAUACGACCAUACAUACAGUAUCUCCUACAAUGGACCAUGUUCAUCCCCUGAACCGAAGACCAAAGAGUGUGGAGAAGAACAACGACUUCAACAACCGUUCUUCCGGGGUUGUACUGAAUGACUAGAAGGGACAAAGCCCCUCAGACAUGGCAAUUUGACUGGAACAACUCACGGGUUCACUCAAUAUGGCUGACAAUUCUACGGUACUGUCCUCAAAUGACACCAGCAUAUCAGACAUUUCUCAUCUGAAGCUCACAGCCAUCGACAACGAGGAUGAUGCAAUGGAAUAGUGUUACCAUGACUGUUAGAGCCAGCUGGGCCUGUCACAGUCUGCAACAACUACAGUGCCUAGAUAAAGUCUACAACCCCUUUGGAUUUCUUAAACUGUUAUUGUGUCACAAAGUGGUAUUAAAAUGGAUUUUAUUCCAUUUUUUUGGUCAACGAUCUACACAAAAUACGAUGAAAUGUCAAAAUGUAUUUUUAUUUUUUAAGAUUAAUGGGGGAAAAAAGUGCAAUACUUGACUAUUGACUUCUAUAUAUUGUGCUGUAUGUAUGGGGGACAGAGGAAGGGGUAGUCAUUAACAAAUAAUGUCAACUACUAUUAUUUCACACAGUGAGUCCAUAUAACUUAUGUGAUUUGUUAAGCCACAGUUUACUUCUGAACUAAUUUAAGCUUGCUUAAACAAAGUGGGUGAAUACCUAUGCAACAACUGUAUUUUUGUUAUUUAAUUUGUAAAAAUGUGUAGAAUCUUCUUUUAAUUUUGACAUUAUGGAGUAUUUUUCAAUCCCACUUUGUAAUGCAACAAAAUGUGGAAAAAAGUUCAAGGGGGUUUAGACUUUCUAUAGGCACUGUAUGCUAAUGAGCAAUGCUUAUUUAUUCACUGUUUACAUUCUCGUUACAUUAUGCAAUAUCCAUUUGACAAAUUCAUUUUUCGUCUUAUUUUAGGGGUUUCUUUUUACGGCUGUUUCAUCUCCCGAUGCAUUGUUUGUUACACGUCUUUUUGUUGUGGUCGUCUGAAUCAUCAUUUGAGAAUAGAAAAACAGUAUUAGUUU